UCCGCGCGCACGGCGACCGCUCCACCUGCGCGCCUUCGCGCUCGCCGCCCGGCUCUAUCCGGUUCUGCGCCGGCGCGGAGCCCGCUAGGACGCGCGGGGAAUUGGUGUGACGCAUGCGCAGUGCGUGGCCCGCCGCUCCGCUGUAGCUAGCCUGCUGCCGUUGCCGCCUCCCUACCGGCAAGUGCGAGAAGGAGGAGCCGAGGGUCGUCGCCGCCGCAACCAUGGGGAGAAAGUCGAGCAAAGCCAAGGAGAAGAAGCAGAAGCGGUUGGAGGAGCGAGCGGCCAUGGAUGCUGUCUGUGCCAAAGUGGAUGCUGCCAACAGGCUUGGAGACCCUCUGGAGGCGUUCCCAGUCUUCAAGAAAUAUGACCGCAAUGGGUUGAAUAUCUCCAUUGAAUGUAAGCGAGUGUCUGGAUUGGAGCCAGCUACUGUGGAUUGGGCCUUUGACCUCACCAAAACCAAUAUGCAGACAAUGUAUGAGCAAAGUGAAUGGGGCUGGAAGGACCGAGAGAAACGGGAGGAAAUGACUGAUGACCGAGCCUGGUACCUCAUUGCUUGGGAAAACAGUUCCAUUCCAGUUGCCUUUUCUCACUUCCGAUUUGAUGUGGAGUGCGGGGAUGAAGUCCUGUACUGCUAUGAAGUGCAGUUGGAGAGCAAGGUGCGGCGGAAAGGCCUGGGGAAGUUCCUCAUUCAGAUCCUGCAGCUCAUGGCCAACAGCACACAGAUGAAGAAGGUGAUGCUAACUGUCUUUAAACACAACCAUGGCGCCUAUCAGUUCUUCCGAGAGGCACUUCAGUUUGAAAUCGAUGACUCUUCCCCCAGCAUGUCUGGUUGCUGUGGGGAGGACUGUUCUUACGAGAUCCUGAGCCGGAGGACCAAGUUUGGGGAUAGUCAGCAUUCUCACACAGGCGGGCACUGUGGUGGCUGCUGUCACUGAGCUCCCAGAACCAUUUGCAAGUGAAGUCACUCUCCUUAGGCCUGUCCUCUUCCCUGGUCUUAAGCCACUUGCCAGGUACCCCCAGAACUGUGGGUGCCUUAGCCCUGCAUAAGCCAGGCAUACCCUGAGAGCACAGAACCCUGGGGAGCAGUGACCCCAGUUGCCUUUCCACCCCUCCUGGAAAAGCAGAGUGCCAGGAGGGAACACAGGGAGAGGGUGCUGUGAAAAGGGUGACAGGUUGGCCACUGAGCCCAUCCUUGUGCAGUGGCUGCCUCCUUGCUUAGCUCUUGGCACCCUAAAUGGAAGGUUCCCACUUGUCUGCAGCUGAAUUCCUGACAGGGCCCCACACCAUGCCCCAUAUGGACAGAUGGAAUGUUUAGCCCCACCUUUGUGAAAGACCUGGAGUCUGCUGGUCGCAAGGAAGGAUUGGAUGCAGAUCUGGGCACACAACAGCCCUUGGACUCUUUUACUCUGGGGACCAAGUGCUCUCCUGGAGACCAUGUAGCUCUUUGAUGUCAAGAUGCAGGGGUUUGUGCUGUGUUCUUAUAGAUCCCCAGGGUGGAGUCUCGGGACCAGCCAACUUCAGGAGGAGAUUAUGUCUCCAUCACUGUCACUAAGGCAGAGAAGACCAGGAAGAGCUGCCAAUCUUUUACGUGUUUGACCUAGGGAUGCCACAUCUCUGGGCCUUUUGAAUUUUGCUGCAUUUCUCAUGAUCUUGACUCAGCCUUUUUACUCAAGAAGGAAACCACAGUCCCGCCUGUUCACACACCUCUCUCUUCAGCCCAGAUACCUCUGUUCUUAGUCUCAAGAAAAGUAACAGCAGGGAACCCCUCUUCUUCCCCAGAAGGACCCUUCCUGGUAUAGUUAAUACCGUUUUCUCCUACUCUUGGUGCUGAUUGCUCUCUGAAGGUGGGGUCACACCCCCCACCCUCCCUGUCUGAGGAGCCCCAGCCAGCAGCAGGCCUCUUUGCCUGUUCUCCCCAGCCCCAUCCCUCACUGCCUCAGUGAGGCACUGUGCCACUGUCCUGGCCCACUUGGAUACUCAGGAAUGCUUUUCAGUGGCUCACCACUGCUUUCUGUCAUUGGUGUCAUCGUACAGUGGCAGGCCAGAGCCAGGAGAAGGCCUUCCUCUUCAGAGGAUGAAGAAGAGUGUAGGCUUAGAACUUGAACUCAUCCUGAUCUCUGGGUUAUGUUCUUCCAAGGAAGCAAAACCAAAUCUUCAUCUAGGAAAACACACUUGCCGCUUCCCCAAUGCCAUCCCUGAGUUUUGCCUUGAGGCAUGGCAAAGAGCUUGCCUUUGUGCAGUUGCUCUGAGACCCUUCCUGACCUCAGAGUCUGCUCAGCUCACCCCCUGCCUGACUCUGGCUGUCUGUCCUGGCAGGUCUCCCCAGAGCAGUCACCUCUCAGAUCCUUGUUUGCAUGGUAGCCUGGGCAUGGAGGGUCUGUCCUCUGUGAGCGCCCUGUGCUGUUCUUAGCCCUGUCAGCCUUGCCUUGGAGAGGGCAUUGGAGCUUUACACUGGAAUAGAUCUACCUUUGCCUGGCCUGCUAGCUUCUGGGGACUAUCCCCUGGUGAGAGUUGAAGCUGCCCAGUUGGGAUUGGUAGGCUCCUUCCAAGAAUCAUGAAACAGGAACAUGCUUGGAAGAGUUAACUCCCUGAUCCUCAUCUGUCUUAGAUCAUGAAUUUUUGAUGCCUCACACUUAGGGGGACCAAAAGGAACCCCCAGUAUAAAUCCCAUGUGAGGUGAGGUGAGUGUCUUGUCUCCAGUCACUGGACACCUGGCACCAGGGCGCUUGUGCUGAGUGCCUGCCCUGCUCCUCACCCUCUGCAGACCACAUCCCAAAGGACCCUGCAGGGUCUCUCACUGGACCAGAGGGACGGUGGCCAAGACCAGCAGAUCUGUGGGUGUUGAGUCCAAUGGUUUAUCAGGCAUACAUCUUCCACCCUCAUGAUUUUGAGAAACAGAAGGUCUAGCCUGCUGUACCAGGCUCUUUUGUUUUUUUGUUUGGGACAUGUUAAAAAUGUUUUAAGGUUUUUGUUAGUGAGCCUGUCCCUUUUCAGGUUAUUUUUGUUGCUGUUAAAUGUGUGUGGUUCUUUUUAACUUUCUGGAGGUUUUUUUUGUUUGUGUUUUAGAGGAAAGUUGGAAGAUAAGUUUCUUGUUUUAUGUAUUUCUUCUUAGCAGCUUCUUAUCACUGGAAUCAAAGAGGGAAAAUGUCUCCUUUUGUAUCAGUUUUAUUUGUAUGUCAUUAAUAAAAGACACUUUGUUCAGA